AUGUCGGGCAUAGCAGAGAAUUCGCUGCGUCGCCGCUCUGUGGAGCCCUCACAGCCUGACGUGAAGGGCAACUACAAAAUCUCCAGCGUCUCCCAGGACUCAGCAGAGAAGCCGUAUCUGGAGUCUUUAGGAUCAUCUGGACAUGAGCAAGAUGGCUUCUAUAAUAAUGAACACGACAUGCAGGACAUGCAUCGUCUGGGUAAGAAGCAAGAGUUCAAGCGCAACUUCUCACUAUGGUCCUCCAUCGGAUUCGUGGCCAUCUAUAUGGCGACUUGGGAGUUUAUCUUGAUUACAUUGUCUGUCGGCUUCACCAACGGAGGUUAUGCCGCUAUGUUCUGGUGUUUCAUCACGACCACGCUUGCGUACUCUACUGUUGUUGCCAGUCUGGCUGAGAUGGCAUCCAUGGCGCCCACGAGUGGCGGGCAGUACCACUGGGUUUCCGAGUUCAGCCCACCGAGCUAUCAGAAAGUGCUCUCCUACGCAUCUGGCUGGAUGACAACCCUCGGCUGGCUGGCUGGCUUCGCAAGCAGUUGCUACACACUUGCGAACCAAAUCCAGGCCUGCAUCAAUGUCACCAUGCCCGACUACGCUUUCACAAACUGGCAGAUUACUCUCUUGAUGUGGAUUAUCAUACUGGUCACCAUCGCCUUCAACACCUGGGGCUCGUCGUUCUUCCCUCAGCUUGAGACUGCGAGUUUGAUCGGCCACGUCCUGGGUUUCUUCGUGGUGAUGAUUCCGCUUUGGGUGCUAUGUGAGAAGAACACGGCGCACGACGUAUUUCUUCAAUUUACGGACCAGAGCGGAUGGGAGAACAUGGGUUUUGCCUAUUUAUCCUGUCAGAUCUAUGUUCUAUGGUGCUGCUUUGGCUCUGACAGUAUUGUCCAUCUCUCGGAGGAGGUCAAGAAUGCAUCCAUCAUCGUCCCUCGUGCUAUCUGGUGGUCCUACAUCGGCAACGUCGUCUUUGGCUUCAUUAUGCUUAUUACCAUGCUAUUCUGCAUUGGUCCGCUCGACCCCAUCAUCCAAUCUGACUGGCCCUUCAUUACUUUGUUCGAUCGCACUGGUUCUCAGGGUCUGAAUCUGUUCUUCAAUAUCCUACUCUGGAUCUUGGUAUACCUUGGCAAUAUCACGACUCUUGCGACUUGUGCUCGUGAGACUUGGGCCUUUGCACGAGACAAGGGUCUUCCUGGCUCAACAUGGAUCGGCCGAAUGGACAAGAAAUGGCAAAUACCAUUCAACUCGGUCUACAUCAUGUCCAUCGCUGCUGCUCUGCUGAGCAUCAUCGUGAUUGGCUCAGCUACCGCAUUCAGCGUGCUGGUGUCCCUGUCAACACUCGGUAUCAUGACAACCUACCUCAUCAGCAUCGGUUGUGUGCUGCUCAAGCGCAUUCGAGGCGAGUCGCUGCCAGUCGCCAGAUGGAGUCUUGGACGAUGGGGCAUGGCAAUCAAUGCUUUUGCUGUGCUCUACAGUCUUUUCAUUGUGGUGCUGUGUUGCUUCCCACUAAAUCUGCCUGUCGACACAUCGACUGCCAACUGGGCACCUUUGAUUUGGGUGGGCGUCAUCAUCCUUGCUGCGAUAGCCUAUGUCUUCCAUGGGAAGAGGGAAUACACGCCACCAGUGGACUUUGUCGAGGGUAGGAAGGCAGCAGGUGUUGGUCUGCAGCACUCCUCGUAG